CCUCUUUCCUUCUUCGGCAGGGUUCCGGGCCUAGUGGAGAUGGCCGAUCGCCCAGUGUCAUCACCCUGCCUGCUGGCUGGGCAGGGUAGCUCCUCAGGUCACCAUCCCCCUCUCCAGCCUGUCUUGGGCUUGGAAAGUGAGGAGAAGGGCGAGGGAUGACAUUGAACAUCCUCCAUCCAUCGCUCCAUCACCAGAGCAAGAUGGCCAGGCACCUGAGGAUGUUCAGGAAGAAGGCUCUGCAGGCGGCCCCAGAGCCUGUGGGAAGCAGCUGCCAUCUUCCCCAGGAGCAUAGCGGCCCCACCGUCCCCAAUGGCGGGGAAGGAGCUCUCGGCCGGGCCAGGAGGUGGAAGUGCCCAGCCUUCUGGAAGAGGAAACCUGCUCCCGGUGCAGGCGCUGAGGUGGGAGAGGCACCGUCAAGGCCAAAAUGGAGCUGGUCCAGGAUGCAGCUGGGCAGGCAGGACCCAGCCCAGGAGCGGAACUGGGCAGGGUGGUUCCGGGGCUUGUUGUGUGGGCAGCAGCGGCCCCAGGAGCCCAGCCCCGAUUUCGAGCAGGAGGCAUCUCCCUGCCCAGUCAGUGGGGACCUUCCAGCCUUCCCAGGGCAGGAGGUGGAGGAUCCCUCUCCCAGCCCCAGCAGCUCGGCCCGCUUCCUGUGGGACAACAGCAGCGCCUGGAACUUGGACAGCAGCGAGGCCGACAGACGCUUCUGCUUUAUUCCAGUUUUCCCAGAAAAAUGAUCAAGGACAUUUCAAAUGAGAAAAACAAACGAAACCAGAGAAACCCCCACCACACACAGUUUGGGUCUGAAUUUUUCUACUGAAAUUUGGAGAUAAUAAAACUCCUUCCUCUGUUGGCCAGAAACCAAAGCUAGACCUCCCCUGCUGUAGCUGUGACUUCUGCUACCAAACCACCAAUGCGCUGACUCCUCUUGUGAGACAUUUCUCUGCACAAUACUGCUGCUAUUCCAGUUACUGAUUCCAGGAAACAUUUUCAUUAGCCUGGUUCCGUGUGUC